CCCAGCACUCCCUCUGUGGCGCUAUCCUUUGGAAUUGCACUCUUGCUGCUGGAGUGGUUUUGCUCCCAAUGAGCCAGGGAGAAAUGUCCCGUUGUGCAACUGUAAUGUAAACAGCCUCAGAGCAUCCUGUCAGGAACUGGAUGAUGCCCUUCUCUUUUUUGGGUGUUGGGGGAGACUUGGUGUCCAUUCAGGGUCUGAAGGUUGUCCCUGUUGAUUUUUCUGAUACUUCCUCUAACAGCAUUCUCCUUGAUUUGAUUUCUGCAAAUUCUUGGAUGUGAUUUUUUAAUGCUGUUCUUGAAGAUUAUUUUCUAGGAAGUUUCUACUGAGUGUGCUGAAAUUGUGGCCUCCAAGCUGGAAAUAUUUUUUUGCUUGAGGGGGCCAAGUUCCUUUUUCUAGUGGGAGGAGAGUGUUAGAGGCAGCAUCCAGUAACCUCAGGAUUUAUGUUAUUUGAGUCAUUUUGGAUGAGGGGAGUUAGCAGGAAGUAAAGACUUGGAACCCAUUUUGUUUUUCCUGCUACUUUUCUGCCUGGUACUUUGCCUGUAGUGUGAUGUUUUUCUCAGACCCCUCUGUGUGUUUCUUGCUACCUGGUAGACCUUUGUGGAACUAGAAAAUAGUGAGCGGACUAUUUACCAGUCUGGAGCAAGGAUCCCGAUUGGUGGAACCACCGCACAGGACAGAGGGUAUAGCAGCUCAUGCUUCACCAAGCACGCAGGAUACAGGAGUCUCCAGGGGAGGUUCCAGCUAGGGUCUGGGAACUGAUAUGUCAGCUUGGAAGCUGGCUUGAUUUGUAUGAAUACACCCAAGCUUUUUUAUAUCAGCCCUCUGACCUCACAGCUUUGAAAUAGGGGUUGUCUCUUGCUCUGCAUGACAAAUGAAAGCCACCCGGAGGAGUGUUGCUAACCAUCUCACCUAUGUGAGGUUCUGACCAGUGUGGGGACUUUGCAGGCCAUGGCUUCUCUUUCAGGUUUUUGGUGGUACCUUCAAUGAUCAGUGGUCAUUGAAAUGGAGAAGGAAAAGACAGUGAUCAGUUGGGGUGCCUUUUGGACAGCUUCCAGUGGGUCAGGACACAAGUUGGGUGUCCCCUCUCUUGGCGGCAUUGUGGUAGUAGCUUGUAUUGUAAUAUCCUGUCCCAGGGCAGAGAUGGUUGGUGCAUGCUCUUAGAGUGAUUCAGCCUCCAAGGAACUUGGCCCCUUCCUAGCCUUUCACCUUGAGGGUUGAGUCUACAGAGAUGUGAAUCCUCAGGGCCUGAUUCUUUGGGUCUGAAUCCUCAUCUUCACUUCAGAGUUCACGGGGGUAGGUCCUCCUGUGUUAACCUCUCUGUUUUACUAGACUCAUUGGCGAGUUUUGUUGGGGAGAUUAAUGGAGGAGAGGGAGAAUGCAGUUCCAAACGUGAGUCAGAAGCCUGCCUGGGAAGUAGCUGGUUGGGGGACAGGUUUGCUCUGAAUCACAGGGCUCUAAAUGGGAUACGAGAAGGGCACACAGUGUCUUAGCCUUGAAGCACUUGGGGCCAUUCUCUGCUGGUUUUCUGACAGUUAAAUGUAGUGUCAUGUGCAAAAAAAUGUUUAACACUAUUCUAAGAUGAUACUUUAAGAGCCUUGUGCAGGUUUCAGAGCCUCAAGUUGUUAUUGUUUUUCCCUCUCUUGUAGUCGAGUCGUCCUGCCUGUGUCUGUAGAUGAGUAUCAGGUGGGACAGCUGUAUUCUGUGGCUGAGGCCAGCAAAAAUGAAACUGGUGGUGGUGAAGGCGUGGAGGUCCUGGUGAAUGAACCCUAUGAGAAGGACGGUGAGAAAGGCCAGUACACACACAAGAUCUACCACUUACAGAGCAAAGUGCCCGGGUUUGUUCGAAUGCUGGCCCCAGAGGGAGCCCUGAAUAUACAUGAAAAAGCAUGGAAUGCCUACCCUUAUUGCAGAACUGUUAUUACAAAUGAGUACAUGAAAGAAGACUUUCUGAUUAAAAUUGAAACCUGGCACAAACCAGACCUUGGCACCCAGGAGAAUGUACAUAAACUGGAGCCUGAGGCAUGGAAACAUGUGGAAACCGUACAUAUAGACAUUGCAGAUCGAAGCCAAGUACUUAGCAAGGAUUACAAGGCAGAGGAAGACCCAGCAAAAUUUAAAUCUAUCAAAACAGGCCGAGGACCUUUGGGUACCAAUUGGAAGCAAGAACUUGCAAAUCAGAAAGACUGCCCAUACAUGUGUGCAUACAAACUGGUUACUGUCAAGUUCAAGUGGUGGGGCCUGCAGAACAAAGUGGAAAACUUUAUACAUAAGCAAGAGAAGCGUCUGUUUACAAACUUCCACAGGCAGCUGUUCUGUUGGCUUGAUAAGUGGGUUGACCUGACCAUGGACGACAUUCGAAGGAUGGAAGAAGAGACGAAGAGACAGCUGGAUGAGAUGAGACAAAAGGACCCAGUGAAAGGAAUGACAGCAGAUGACUAAAGCCACCCUUCCCCCUUCUGCACUUUUUGCAAGACAGUGGUCAACAGGAAGGCCCAGCAGCUCCACCCUCCUGAGUGACAGGCCAUCUUCGGACGCAGCCUUUCUGUGCCCGUUCUUCAGGCAACUUUCAGUCCCUUACUGUAGCUAAUUCUAGAUGCCCUUUAAUAUUGUGAACAAAUAGACCCUCUGGUAUUAUGAAGCCCGUGUGUGCAGGAGCCUGCUCCUCUGAGAUAUGUGGCGUGUAGGUUGCUGUAUUUACAGCUCCUCCCUCUCCAGCCAUUGUGUUCUCAACCCAUUUCUGUGUGUCCCCCCAACCCCUGUUUAUUUUCAAGUGACAUUUUUAGUCUUUCAAAAUAGCUGCCUUUUGUGAUGUGGUGAUUUAAAUGAUUUCAGUUUGUUUGUUUUCAGCCUUGGGAUAAACUGAGGUAUUUUGCUUCCUGAACAGAUCUUUGCAAUUUUGAUGAGUGCUCACCUGGGGAGAGGGGAUGAGUUAGAAAUACAGGUUUUCCCCUUCAGUUCCACAGAACAGCAAUGUGGCUUCAUAACUCUGACCUCUGCUCCCAGUAACCCAUUGUUAGAGUGCUCUAAGCACCAAAGAAAUACCCAAGGCCCUGCCAGUCUCUUGUUUUGAAAAUUUAACAAAUACAUAUAACCCCUGUCCCAGACAUUGCAUCUCUGGUCACUAGUCUUAGAAAUACCUAUGGCUUCUUAACCCUCCUGUUGCCCACUCUAUCUGCAUCUCUGCAGAGUCCAGAAUAUGUCAGGGUCAGCUCUCUACCUGGAGGGGCCUGUCCAAUGUGGCCCUUAGAAUUGAGUCUGCCCUAUAUAUACUAAUUAGUCUGCCCCCCACAAGGAGCUCUGUAUGUCCAUGCUCCUCUUCCCAUUUGGGCUGGUGCUGUCACUCAGCAAUAAUCCUCUUUUCUCUGCGCUGUCUUAGAUUCUUGUCCUCUGUCCUUGAGGCUGGUCAGGACACAAGAGUCCUGAUCUUUUCAUGCUGCAUAAAACAAGCAUGCAAAAAGCUUCUUCUGAGCAGAACAUGUUCCCUGUUGUCUCCAGUUGUUGGAAAGGAUUUGGGAAUCAAGAACUCAGUACUUCCUGCCCCAAGCUGAGUUCUGUCCUGGACAAUCAAAAGCAAGUUGUGACCUUAUGUAGUAUGUAACUCUACCAAAGUAGGCCGGUGAGAGUCCAGGCUCCAGGGGAAUAAAAGCCUCUGAGUGCUUCAGAGUUUCCUAUGACUUGGAAGAACCUGGGUAUGCCUUCCCCAUGGGAGAAUCUGAGGUAGCUGUGGUAUCACCUAACACUUCCCAAAUCUUGUGAAGUAAUGUUGGCCAAGUGUAUAGUGAUCCAAACCCAUGCUAGCCUGGGUGCAGCUGCUAAUGAGAGAAACCAAAUCUUUGUUGGUAGAGUGAGAAGUAGGAUGGGAAAAUUUAUCCUCAUGUUUCUGUCAGUUUGUUUUGCCUUAUUUCUAAGUGCAAUAAGGGAGUCUCACAGGAUUACACCUGUGACAUCCUGAAGGCUGCUUCCCUGGUGUACUCCUGGGGCCAAGGUGGACAGACCAGACCCCUCAGCAUGGUUAGCGCUGACCUUAAUCAAGGCCCCUUUGGGACCAGAUGUCCUGUUACACCUUCCUUUUAGUCUCCUCACCUUGUGGGGUCUAUAGUAGCAAUGGAUCUGGUGUACAGUUCAGUUGGUCAUUAACAUCCUACCUGCUAGUAGCAUUUAUUUGACUGGAAAAGUUGAGGUGUUCCUGGAGAAAAAUGUAAAUGUUUCCCACCAGCUCUGUAUUAGCUGUAAUUAUAUUUGUGCUAAACGCUCGCCCUUCUUUGUUCAUCAACUACGUGAAAUCCAGAUGUGGGAGAAACAACUGGUAAUAUUCUAAGCAGACACUUGUUUAGGUGGUUUGAGGGUCAGGUGUUAGUCUCCUUCCUUCAGCUCUUCUCUGAGAUUCACACAUAUCACUCCAGCUCUGGUGGGGGCUUGCUCUUUAUCUGCCUUUUCUCUGGCUUCUCCCACCUUCACCUGUUGCCCCAGUAUGAAAGUGUCCACGUGAGCUGAGCUAGAAUUCCCGGGAGUCAGUUGGAUCUGGGGCUCCAGCCCACAUAAACAUGAGGAGGGACUUCCCUGGUCUAUUCCAUCCCCAUGGAUAGUGAUGCUGCUGAGCAAGUGUAGUCUUCUUUUAAGUAUCCCCCUUCCCUCUUCACAUCCCCCCCAAACUGGCUAGCAUUCAGAGGGGCUUAUGAUGAAAGACUCAGCUCCAGGGUAGUGCCACGCCCCUUCAGAUCAGCUGCUUCCAUUCGUUUUCCAGGGUCACAGUCCCAGCUGGAAGCAGUAGUGCCUCUGUAGGAGGGGUGCUGGGCUCUGGCCUUCUCAAAGAGAGGUCAGAGACAGGUCAGUAUUGUGGGCAGGCGUAUAUCUUCCCAAGUUCUCUUAAAGUCCCUGCUGGGACUCCCUGACUUAUUUUGGUUGGUUCCUAGAGCUACUUCUUUUACAAAAUACACUUUGUAGACUUGAUUAGAUUACCUUAUUUAAUGUGAGUUUGUGCCUUUUUGUCUCAAUCUUCCAAUACAGGUAUAUUGGGGGAAAAAGCAGUCUAAUAAAAUCCUAGACAGAG